UUUACAGUUAUUUAUGGAAGUUAUUGUGAUACAGUGACAGCUAGAAAUCAACAUGUGGGUCUUAAAUUGACCUAGUUAUGACGCAGUGCGCACCUAAAACAAACCAAGAAAUUCAGCAAAAGAUAAAUCCUCCUGCUUCAGAAUCCGUGUUGAAGUGGUAUAUAGGCUAAUCCUUUUCCUCUCACUUGUUUACACAAACUUUCAUCACUUCCAUGUCGCCUGAUUCCUUGUUCCCAGCAGAGAAACACUGGAAGUAGGCUAGACCAGACCCCCGGAUCAGGCUUUGUCCUGAUUCUCUCUCUGGAACCGGAUUAGACCUGAAACUUCUCCUGAAACCAAAGAACCAGGAACAGUUUUAUUAAAAGAGCGUCUGGAAAACACCUUAUACGACUUUGUAUUUUAAUAUUUCUGGCGACAGCUCACACAAGAGGAGUUAACUAAUAGUUUUGGGGUUUUUCUUCCUCCAUGGUGUGGUGGUGCUGAAGGUGUACCGGUGGUCAGUUUCACUCAGACAGGACAACACACUCAGAUAAUAGAUGAUAUCAACGAGCUGAUUGAUUGGUCAGAGGGGUUGAGUGACAGCUAGAGGUGCGUCAGCGAUGGGCAGGAAGUUAGAUCUGUCGGGGCUGUCGGAGAACGAGGCGGAGCAUGUGCUGCAGGUGGUGCAGAGGGACAUGAGGCUACGCAAGACGGAGGAGCACCGCCUCAGUGAACUGAAGCAGGAGCUGGAUGAGGAGGGCAGUCGCUGCCUCCUGCUGUCACGGCAGAGUUGCUUCAACCAGCGCUGCUGCAUCCGCUGCUGCUCGCCCUUCACCUUCCUGCUCAACCCCAAGCGCCAGUGCCACGACUGCCACUACAACGUCUGCAAGGCCUGCCGGGUCUACAACAAGCGGGACAAAACCUGGCUCUGCUCCGCCUGCCAGAAGAGCAGGUUGUUGACGACACAGUCUCUGGAGUGGUUCUACACUAAUCUGAAGACUCGCUUCAAGAGGUUCGGCAGCGCCAAAGUGCUGAAGACUCUUUACAGGAAGCACCUGGCGGAGCACAGCGUGCUUUCAGAGCUUACUGAGAGCAGCGCCUACGAGGAGAGUAUCUGCAACGAGGGCAGCUUCUGUGGGAGUGACUCAACCUUCUACAGACAAACUCAAGAGCACAGCGUGGCAGAGACGAUCACUGUGGCCUUGCGGGUGGCAGAGGAGGCCAUAGACGAGGCCAUCUCCAAGGCUGAGUUUGACACUGCCAGUCAGGAGAAGCAGAAUGAGGCUCGUUAUCUGCGGGAGCACAGAGGAGAGCUCAUUGAGGAACUGUCCAAAACUAUUGUGCAAAAAAUUAUUAGUAGGAGGAAGACUUUGUAUGAGAUCAGGACAGAUUAUGACCAGGAUUGGCCACUUGAACACAACACUGACCUUCAUCGUCAUCAUCAGUCCGACUAUGAUCAAGCCUCCAGCUCCCUGAAGCACCAACCAGAUUUUUGGAUGUCACACACUGGCUUGUCAUUGUUGGACAAUGACCUUCCAGGUCUGAUACAGGACUCCUCUCUAAAGAAAGACGGAGGCGGGUCAGCCUGGAAGAGUGUAGACCGGCUGGACAACGCUGUGCUGAAGAGCCCAGAUGGGAACUGGAUCGCCCUGCAGAGUGCCCAGCUGUCUCGUCCUAGCCUGCUGACCAGGAGGAAGAGCCUGGUCUUCAGUGUCUUGGAGAAGGAGUCUGAAGUGGUGUCCGCCUAUGAAGGCAUGAACUCUGACAACGAAACCAAACCCAAGCCCGACGCCCACGAUGGGAUCCCGUCCCCGCUGACGAGCAGCACAGACAAUCUGUUUUCAGACUCUGAGGGGAACUGGAAGUCAAAUAAAUCCCUGCUGGCUGUUUUUAAGAGGAAGGUGCCUGCGGAGAUCGGGCUACCUUCACCAUCCUGCAGGACCAGCAUCAUCGAUGUGAACUUUAAUGUGGGAGGAGCCGGAGAGGAAGAGGAGAGCAAGGUGGCUGCCAAGCCAGAUGUGAGAAAAGUCAGGAGAUCACGGAAGAAAAGGAGGAGUAAAAAAGAGUUGUCAUCUUCUGUGGAUUACAGCGAGAAAGACAACCAUUCCCAAAAUCCGUCUGAUGCUACGACCCCUGACACUUUGACCUCCGGAGGCACGACCCCUGAACCUUUUCAACUUGAGAGUGACAUCACAGGUCAUGUAGCCAAUCAGAUGGAACAGGAGGUCACAUUAAAUCUACAACAGCUAGAAGAAGUUGAUGGAGAAGCGAGAGAUGCCGGUGAUAAUGGACGGAGGGAGGAAAAGAGACGAGGGACCGAGGGCAGAGAUGAAGAAGUUGAGAGUCGGUGGAGGAUGGAGAUCGACUUGGAUGAAGGAAGAACGGAUGAAGAUGAGGAAGUGGAUGAAGAGAUGAAAUACAGAUUAUACAGGCUCAUCGCACAGUCAAGGCUCACGUACCUUUCGACUGAUGAUGACUUGGACAAAGAUGGCCAGAGUGAAGAAGAAUGGGAGGGAGACAGGGAUGAAGAUACGGAGGAGGAAAAGACAGACGGACUCACUUCUAAACUCUGUCGGCUGGAAAAACAGGUCAGGGCUAACAUGUUCUCCUCCACAGAGGAUGAGCUGGACAGAGUUGGUCUGACCGAUGAAGAGAAGACAGGAGAGGAUGAGGAGGAGGAGCUGGCGGUGAAAGUGUGCAGAUUAGCUAAUCAAGCCAACGCCACCCAAUAUUCAUCCACGGAGGAUGAGUUGGACCGAGCAGGCAGAGGUGAAGAGGGGGAGGAAGCGAUAGACGAAGGGAAGUUGUGGAAACGGCAGGAGGAUAAAGAAACCCGGGCAUCUCAACUGUGCGAUUUGGCCAGUUUAGUUCGUGGUUCUCAGUUUUCUUCCACUGAGGAUGAGCUGGAUAGAGUUGGAGUGAAUGAGGUGGAGGUGGAACAGGAAAUAAAUGAAGGAGGAAUUGAGAGGGAGGAAGCAAUGGGAAAGAAUCCGGAGAGGAGAGAAUCAUUUGGAGAUUUGGACGUGGAAAUGUUUGAUUUAAGGGAUGAAAUUGAGGAAAGAAAGACAAAAGUUGUCCAGGAUAAAACAGAGGUAAAGGAAAAGAAAGAAUCCACGGAGGAGAUAGUAACAGACGAGGAUAAAAGGAUGGUAAAGGGGCACAUGUGUGAAGAAAAAGUAGAACUUUUGAAAGAGGCUAAAAAAGAAAAAGAGACAGAGGCAAGACAAGAGAUAAUAUCCUUACAUGAGCCAAAAGUCCAACGAGGAUAUCAGCCAGAGGCGAAGUGGCCUAACAAAGAGGAAGGAGAAGAGAGACAGGAAGAGGGAAAGAUUAGAGAAAGCGAAGAGAGUCAGGAUAUUGCAGCAGACAGCGAUGAGGAAAAUGCAGAGUUUGACAGAGUAAUCAGCGGCAUGUUGAUGAUGACUUUGGAGGACAUGCAGGUAGAGACAUUGAGGGAUGAAGCUGCGAAAAAUGGGAGCAAAAAUAGAGAGGCAGAGGAAGUAGAGACCGAUGUAACAACUGGAGGAUUCAAGGACAACGCGGUCGAUGCUCAAAGCAAAAAUGCAUCAAAGGACACAGGAAGUGCAAAAGAGUUUCAAAGUCGAGGCGAUAACGUGAUGCCAGAGUCGGCUGUGAGAGAAAGACCAGGAGAAAAUGCAAGAGACAUUUCCAGAAAAGAGGAGAGUGGAGAUGCUACAGGCGGAGAUGAAAAAGAGCGGCAGGAAAAAGAUACAGAUGCACAAGUAAAAAAAUUUGACAUCGAAGAGACCAAACUGACGUGUAAAAGAAUAGAAAAGGAUGACGACGAACAAGAAGAAAGAAAAGUGACGACUGAGUGGAAAAUGAUGGAGACACAGGGAGGUGCUGCAGAGGGAGAUUGUGAAAGAAAUGAAAGACUUGAAGAAACCAAAGAAGAAAAUACAGCUGACACGGAGCAGAACAGCACGUCUUCUCUUCAGGAAGGUUUACUGUCACCUGAAGACAUUCAAAAUAGGUACUCGGCGGUGUCUCUGCGCAGCAUCACCACUGAGGUCCUGAAGGUGCUGAACGCCACUGAAGAGCUGCUGCUGCUGCAGGGGGCAGAGGGAGGAGACGGCCCCCGACUCUCCAACACUUCGCUGCCCCCAAACACAGACCCCAAGAAACUAGAUCAACAGUUCUGUAGACUGGAGGAGAACGUUUACAUGACAGCUGGAGAGGUGUACGGUCUGGAGGCAGAGCUGAGUGACCUGGAGACGUGCGCUAGGGGCAUUUGCAGCAAUACGUCCGACAUGGAGCUGUCCUUCCUGGAGGAGCAGGUAGCAUCAGCAGCUGCUAAGGUUCAACAGUCUGAGCUACAGGUUUGUGACAUCUCGGCCAGAAUUGCUGCUUUGAAGAGUGCCGGCCUCAAUGUGGAGACACAACAGUCACGCUUCACUAAGACCAAGACCAUUCCCUUUAUGCCCUUCACUGUGGACUCAUCAAGACAGCGGAGGAGGCGAUUACCUGCACCACCAGUGAAAGAAGACAAGGAGGAAAUCUAAAUUAUCGAGCCAGGACCUUUGCCUCCAACACAGCAGUGCCUUGACCUAGUCACCCUGCAGCCGACAGACCAGUCCCAUUCAGAUACCAUUUGCCUUAAUUUUAUUUUUAGACUAAACAUGCCUCAAAUAAUACGGGACACUAAUACUGUGUGUCACUGCAGGAAACUGUUGAUUCUCGUGUCAUCUUAUCAAAAUCUACAGUAGAUAACUUUAUGAACUACUUUAUUAACAGUUUUAAAAAUGUAUCAGCAUUGAUCAAUCUGGUGAAGAGAAGGAGCAGGUUAAACCCUCAGUUAACUAGAAAAUAACCAACGUUUGAGUUUUUUAGAUUUCCAAAGAGUGAAAUGAUUACAUUAUUGUAUUACAGCAUGUGAAAAAAAAUCCUAUUUUUUAAAUUAUAAUACUUUUUAUAGACUUCAUUUGAACAUCAUUAGUUGUCCAUUUAACUUGCAGACGAAUAAAGCUAUACAAAUACUGUACAGUGACUAAAAGACACUAAAACCUGCAAUUUACAGUUUUACCGUUACCAUAUUAUAAAUAUACAGAUUACACAUACGUGGGAAAAAUUAUAGCAUGUCAGAAAAAUAUGAGACUACUGUAUCAUGUCUAAAUAAAUAUAGACCUGUAUUUUUCAGUUUUUGUAAAGUUGCAGUGUACAUUUUGUACAACAAACCAAUCAGCAAAUAUAUUGUUUUCUGUCUUUAUUAAGUAAAAAUAUGUUAUGCACCGAGGUAAAACUGUGCACCCUGUUUGCUCCUCAGAUGAAGGUGGAAUUUAGUCUGUAUUUUUGAGAUGAGGAUAUGACACCUAAAUAUGACAUUCCUCUUUGUGAAGGUGGUGUGGGAACACCACAUAACAGCCGUCUUUGAGAGGAAUGGUCUCAAAACAAACAUUCAGCAGUGACACCUCCAGGGUUGGAAAUUAACUUUUUUUCCGCCUGCCACUGUGGUGGAUUCCUAAAUCCACUGGCUACCGAUUGCCAUGGUUUUUUUUUUGCUGGUGAGUGAAGAAAAUCGAGCAGCCACUUGCAUAUUUUACCAGCAUUUAGCUGGUGGCUGGUGAUAAUUUCCAACCCUGGACCCCUCUCGCUCUUUGUGAUGCUGCAUUAACAAACGAGUGACCUGAGCAAAGUAAAUAGCAGUUUUUAGCUUUUUUACAUUAGGUAUGCUUCAUCAAGCUAAACUGUAAAUAUAAUAUUCUGUAGUUACAUUUUCCUCACAGAGGUUUGGCGUUUUCCUCUCUGAACACUCAAAUUCUGUCCUUAAAAU